UUAACAACACUCUAAACAAAUUUCUGUCACCUUGACUCUGUGACUGAUCCACUAAACACUUCGUGCUUUGACGAGCAACACUUUAAAUGUAUGUAUGAAAUUAAUUUAGUACCAAUGUGGGUAAAUAGAUCGCACAAUAUAUUGCGCUUCUGUACUUUUGCGAAAUAUAGAAUGUUUUCGGACACUGCCAGUCCAAUUGUUACUAUUAAAACUGGCAAACUAAAGGGUAGAACUGCUGUUGACGAAAACGGAAGCACGUACCUCAGCUUCCAGGGAAUUCCAUAUGCAAAACCACCGUUGGGUUCAUUGAGAUUUAAGGCUCCACAGCCAGCUGAGCAGUGGGAUGGGAUAAAAGAUGCGACCAAACAAGGAAAAGGCUGUUACGCUAGAAAUUUUUUGGGAAAUGGAUUCGUUGGUGCGGAAGAUUGCUUAUUUUUGAAUGUCUACUCUCCUGGCAUACAUGAUACCCAGUCUCUAAAGCCAGUUAUGUUUUGGAUCCAUGGAGGAGGAUUUACUUCUGGAUCCAGUAAAACAGAUUUAUAUGGGCCAGAGUACUUGAUGCGUGAAAAUGUGGUCUUAGUUACUAUAAACUAUAGACUGGGAGUUUUAGGUUUUCUUAGACUACAAGAUUCUUCCUUAGACGUACCAGGCAACGCUGGUCUUAAAGACAUAGUACUUGCAUUGAAGUGGGUGCAGGAAAACAUAGAACAUUUUGGUGGCAAUCCCAAUAAUGUUACAAUAUUUGGCGAAAGCGCUGGAGGCGCGGCUGUACAUUACUUAAUGCUAAGUCCAAUAACUAAGGGGUUAUUUCAUAAGGCAAUAGCACAAAGCGGUUGCGCCUUGAAUUCAUGGGCAAGAGGUGAUCCUAAUUCUACAAACAAAUUAGCAAAUGCUUUAGAAAUAGCAACACAUGACGAAAAAACAAUUCUAAAAAUUCUUCAGAACAUGCCUUUAAAAGAUCUCUUUAAUAAUGGUGUUGCCAAAAUUCGAGAUAAUUUUAGCCCCGGUCUUUUAAGACCUUUCUGUCCAGUCAUAGAAGACUAUAAAGAUGAAUCAACAUUUCUUUAUGAAGAUCCUUUAGAGAUCAUUUCUAAUGGAAAUUACCAAAGAGUACCAAUGAUCAUGGGUUGUACUUCUAGAGAGGGAAUGAUUUUGCAUUCACUUAUUCCCAAAAAGUAUUUACUUACAGAUAAUAAUUUAGUUCCACAAAACAUAGGCCUAGAACCAGGUUCUAGCUUAUAUAAAGAGGCAGCGGAAAAAAUUAAAAAAUUUUAUAUGAAAGGGAAGAGUGAUGAAGAUAAUAUAGACAAUUUUUUCAAAUUGUUCACAGAUAAUUAUUUUCUUCUGGGAGUUUAUGAGAGCAUUAAAAAACAUUUGGAAACAACAAAUCAACCGAUUUACUUCUACAGGUUUUCGCUGGACACAAACAUGAAUUUUCUCAAAAGGGUAUUUGGUAUUACCUCACCCGGUGCUUGCCAUGUUGAUGAUAUUCCAUACCUUUUCAAAGGUGUGGCUUCGCCACAACUGGAGACUAACAGCCCGGAAUAUAUUGGAAUGUGUCGAAUGACUAAAAUGUGGGCAGAUUUCGCUAGAUACGGGAACCCAACUCCAAAUCCUUCAAAAUUAAUUCCUAUUUCUUGGCAACCAACUUCCAAAAAUCAAUUUAAUUAUUUAGAUAUAGGAAACGAACUGAAAAUGGAAGUUGAUUUAGAAAAAGAGGCUAUGGAGUUUUGGGACACCAUAAAGACUACUUUAAAUCAGAAAAGCAAAUUGUGAUAUUUUUUAUCCGACUAAUUUUAAAAAAUGGACCAUCAUUUUACACUUUGUUUAUUUGUUUAUUCUUAAUAAAAGUUAGAAAAUA